AUGAUCGAAGACGGUGCAACUGUUCUCACGGAUACAAGGGCCAUCCCUAUAUUGCUGAUGGAUGUCAAGAUAUUGACGAGUGCCAGCUGCCAGAUAUUUACCCAUGUCAUGGAACCUGCAUCAUUGUGCCUGGGACAUACAGAUGCUUAUCAAAGAAAACCAUCAGGAGCCUUCCAGUGUUGCAGCCCAGAGGUUAAAGUAUAUGCUUAUUCGGCUGCACAAGUUAAGAAAGCUUUGGAGGUCACUCACUACCUAGGUGGUGAAAACUAUGUGUUCUGGGGUGGAAGAGAGGGUUACCAAAGUCUUCUGAAUACUGAUAUGAAUAGAGAACUUGACCAUCUAGCUAACUUUCUUCAAGCUGAUGUUGACUACAAGAAGAAGAUUGGAUUCAACGGAACACUAUUGAUAGAGCCUAAACCACAUGAUCCAACAAAACACCAGUAUGCUACUUACUUC